AUGUCUACGCUUGCGCGAAUCUUCGGAUGGGCGCCACCCGAAAACGAGGAUUAUGUCCAGGUCACCGUCCACCUGCCUAACUCGCUCCAAAACCCACCAUUCCACAUCUCCAAUACCAACAAUACCACGAUGCGGACCCUACGUUCGAGGUAUUCUAGGUCAUUCUCCUCGAAAAUGGACGUGAUGUCACCGACAUCGAGCACUUCCGCUCUGUCCAGUCGAGGGGAAUCGCCCAGCAAACACCAAGAGAAGGGAAAAAACGGCGAUCCGACGUGGGUAGCUCGACCUCGAAAUGAGUUUAUUCUCUUCCGCUGUGAGUACGUCAAGACGCAUUCAAGAGAGGGAAAGCGUGUCAGACGGCCUCCUGGCGCAGAGGCGGAAAAGACGCUCUCAAAGCAAGCGGCCGAGGCAUGGCACCAGUUAUCUCACGAAGAGAGGAUGUACUGGAGGGAUCGGGCGAGCGGAGAGCGCACCGAGCAUGCGAGGCGUUACCCCGACUAUCGCUACCGUCCAAAGAAAAGCGCAACAGGAAGGAAGCGCAACACGCGUUCUUCCCCGGCGAAGGUACCAUCCGGAAAGUCAGCAUCGACGACAGCGACGGCGGUGGUCGCAGUGACGGUCAACAUGGGCGCAGGGGGGAUGCAACAAACGCACAGUGAAACGAGUCAAGAUUCAUCCAGACCGGGUUCAGGGCUGCAGACUGCAUGUCGCAGGCCUACUUCUGUGCCACUACUUUUGGAGCAUCAAACGAGCGUGGAUUCGAACGAGCAGAUAAACGUUGCCACUCACGGGCGGAUGAAUGGGAUCGCGCCAUCCUACAGUACGACGAGCAUCUCUGAGGUGAGUGCAAUGUUGUUCGCCAAAACCAAGACUAAGAAUUCCCAGUCACUACCAUGCCGUCUAUACCAUUCCGCGUCCAUCGACAGCUUCACCACGUCGGAUUACUCUUCGGCUCUACCGUCCAUCACCAAUUCGGUUUCCGCCAGCAGUUCAUCGCUUUUGAACUGGAACGGCGGAGAGAGAACAGUCGACUCGCCAGCGCCACGCCCUGGUGCUCCAUUCUUAAUGUCUCCGUCACCCCUGUCGUUAUCGCUAUCCCCUUUAGCCAUCUUCGAAGACAACACGUUUCUCUGUCAACAGGCGAAGUACCGGAACUCAGUACUCCAGCCACAGCCCUUGGGGCUCGUUGCGCAAUACGACCGAAACGGUGCUUGGACGCCCAAUGUGCCACUGCAUUUCACAGAUUCCGGACUUCUGCAAAAUGCGACGAGUGGUCAGGAAAUGCUGGGAGGCCCAUCAUCAGUCGUAUACGACGGGAGAGGUCACGCGCACCUCAUGUAUGGAUAUGGCGUGGGCGCACAGGAGCCUACUUCCAUGGAGCUUCAACUGGGACGAGACAGCCAUGCAGACGUGUUGUUCGCGAUGGACACCGAAGAGUAUUUCCCCAGAUUCUAA